AUGGCUCAACAGGAAGAAGGGUGGCCUUUCGGGCUGAAUUUAUUGAAUCCGAGAAAUGUUCUGGUAAGAAACGGUGAAUUCUCUGGAUCAAUCUCCUUCAGCACUUUGUUCACCAGUUCUUCCAUCCGAUCGACUGAUUCUUCCUCAUAUCUUGAUUCAGAGUCCACAGGAUCACUUUUCCAUGACAGGAAGAGCAUCACACUUGGAAGCCUCUUAGGUGAUUCUACCUUCCUAGAAUUGUCAAGGAGAUCAACCAGGGGAAGCGAGAUGAAACCCUCAAAGGAAAACAAAAAUAAUCACAAGCUGAAACCAUGGUUAUUCUCACUCUGUACAAAGCUAACUACCGAUGCAGUUAGUCCGAACGAUGUUCCUUCUCUUGGUCAGUACCUUGUAGCAGAGAGAAGAGCUAGACGUACUUACAGAAGGAAUCAAUGUGCUUUCGUUGACAGACAUAAUGUUUUCUCUCCGGUUCAAGAGUCGAACUCACCAUCUGUUGGUAGCCAAGUUGCUCUUAGUUCACCAGGUUCAUCGAGUGAAGACAGUGGAAGAGAGGCGAAUAGAGCAUUGCGGCAGACCAAUAGAUAUGGAACACCAAUACCAUUCUCUUCUUUGUGUCGAUGA